CCCCGGCUGACUCCAUCGGGCAGAGGGAGACGCGCAGCGACGAUGGCUCUCAAGUCUGUCACAGGGGUGACCGCCCCCUGCGCCCUGGUUUUUCAUGAUCUUUCCCCACCUUGUACGGGGGUGCGAAUCCAGGGCUCUGUGCCGUGCGACUGCCAGAGGUUCUCCGUGGACUUCUGCUGUGGGGAGGAGACCAACCGUGAUGUGGCCUUUCACUUCAACCCCCGCUUCGACCAGAACACAGUGGUGUGCAACAGCUUCCAGAACCAGAAAUGGCAGAGUGAGCAGACCAAGGCGGAGAACCCAUUCAGCCACGAGACCUGCUUCCAGCUGGACUUCUCCAUCACUGACGAGCACUUCGAGGUGCUUGUGAACAACGAGGUGUUCGAGCGGUUCCGUCACCGCAUCCCCCUGUGCCACGUGAAGGUCCUGGAAGUCGGGCCCAAGGUGGACAUCCACAAGAUUGAGUUCUUCUAAGUUGUCCCAAAACCCAGAAGACCCCAGUAACGGGGACCCUGCACUGGGGAUCCCACUGGGACCUGCUGGUGGAUGCGGAGAGCUGCCAAUAAAGUGGCCUCGGGGCUCUCCCCUA